CUAAUCAUGGCUAAACUUACUGGUCUUAGUGAGUUUCUCCGGACUAUAAGACAAGGCCUCGAGCAAACUGAACAAACCGCUCGAGCGGAGGCUCAGAAUGGCGACUGUGCACGAAAACGGAAGAAUCACGUGUCGAAGCCUUUGCAAACGGAAACGAGCAAAACACUGUCUGUGUUUGAAGAAAGCCCUAACAAUUGGCAGGAAAAUUAUUUGGAGAGGUUACCAUCUGAGAUCAUCCUCAAGAUUCUUUCCUCUCUGGACGCCUCCUCUCUGUUCAAUAUCAGCUUUGUCAACAAGCGGUUUCAUGAUCUGGCCAACAGCAAUGCUCUGUGGUCUGUUUUGUAUGCUUCUGAGAUUGAGAAGAAGAAGUGGAGACCUCGAGUGAGCGUAGCAGAAGGCGUGAGAAGCACACAUGUGGAAGGGAAACCUGUGGGAUACUGGAAGAAGAUGCUGCUCAAGGAGAUGGCAGGAUACAAGGACACCAUGUGGAAAACCGAACUCAAACACAAGAACCCGCACACCGGCAUGCCAGCUCUCACAGAGGAAGUGCUCAGGAGGUUACACAUUCAGUGGGAAAUCACACUUACAUUUAGGAACGGACGUGAAAGUGUCUACAAGCAAACACACACUUUCUUUGAGGAUUCAUCGGUUACUGUGUUUUGGAGCAAUGGCUACUGGCCGUUGAUGCACAAUCUUGAUAGCCUGAAGCUUCAUGGAAUCAUGUGUCGACCUGUGGGAGCUCCAGGAGACAAGCCAAGAUGGCGCUCCCUGAUCUGCAAGACAGCUACAGAUAAAUCUGUAUACUGGGUGUUCCUUGGCUACGACAGGCUUGUGAAGUUGCUGCAGUUUGGCAAAAUCAUCAUCGGCGUCUGGCGGGGCAACUGGAGAAUCGCCUUUAUCAUGAUCAACCUGCACUUUCACAAACUGAUUGAAAAGAGUCUCCUCGGGUCAAGAUUUUGCCCCUACAUACCGACAGAAGACAAUGCUGUGGACCCUGACUGUGUUCGGCAUGGAUACACACUGCACAUUGUGCUUCACAAUCCGGUUCGCAGAAUCAUGUGUCAGCGUUUCUCCCCACUGUACACCAGCAGAGUGGGUUUGCAAGGAGAGUAUGUGCAGCUAAAUGCCGUUGAUUUCUCUGAUCCUUCCGAACACAUGCCUGUGGUGAGGAUCUGUCUACCUUGGCAAGCAGAGGGACUGAAGGGAAGUGUUGAGCGUUGCUGUAUGAUGACUCUGACAGUCCUGGAUGAGGCUCAGCGCCCCUUCUGGUGUGUGAGUUCACCUGUUAAGAUGUCCAGUAAUCCGAGAGUGGUGGACGUGGAGUACGAAGGUGAGCAGUUCAACAUCCUUUAUGAGGAUGCGGAGGGUAAGGUCAAAAUGACCUUUGUGUGGAUGGAGGAGUUUCAGCACUACUUCUUGGUGCAGUUGUUUACUGUGUUCUCAGUAGCCAAAGUGAAAAAGCACUUUUGGGGGUGAUUUUGACUGUGCUUUGAGCCCGAAGAUGAUUUUGAAUUUUUUGAUUUCCCAAGGUUAUUUUGGCUCUUUGUUGGAGAUAUCUGAAAUGUUUUGUUGUCGAUUUUCAAGGGCUUUAAGAUUUGCUGUUUUGUUUUAUUUGGAAAUGUUAAAGCACUUAUUUUUUUUGUAUCAAUUUCAAAUUGGUAAA